CGCAAAGCAAAACAGCCGCGGCCCAAUCGCGCCCAUUCACCCCCCCCCCUUUCCCGAACAUUAUCGCGAGAACUCAACCAGACUUCCGAACCCCCUUCAUUCAAUGCCCCCCCAUCACACACGAUGGCCACAAUCACCGCAACUGCGCCCACAGCAGCAACAACAACGACAACAACAGCAGCCACGGCAAUCUCGGUUAACCCGCCGACGGACUGGCAACUAGCUCAUCAGCACGCCCAGCAGCGGAUCACUCGUUUACAGGAACAGAGGGCUAGGGAGGCUUCGGGACAGAAUCGGGUUGCGAGCUUUUUCGGUGGGAGGAGUGUUGUGGAGGGGAGGCCAGCUUUUAGGGUCGGGCAGCUGGACACUGAAUUGCUUGAUGAGGAAUUGUUGGAAUUGAUGAAGGGGCAGUUAUGGAAUGGGCUAAAGUAUUUCAGGCCGUCUCUUAAAGAAGCCUACGAACCAGAGUUCUUACUCUUGCUUCGUGCGGCCUUGUUCAAGCUUACUAUCUGGGACCAUAACGCGACAUAUGGUGCCGCCUUGCAAAACCUUGUAUACGUCGAUGCCCGAUCGAAAGGGCCAAUUGACCAACCUCCAACAGCUCUUCAAAAAUCCCUGUACGGCCUCAUUACUGUCGGUGGUAGAUACAUGUUCUCCAGAAUGAACCUGUUCCUCCUCUCCAGAUCGAACCCCGAAGACUCAACCCCCUUCACAGAACGCCUCUCCAACCUCGUCGAAUCUCUCUCAACCCUCCACUCGGGCCUAACCCUCCUCUCAUUCACCGCGUUCCUAGUAACUGGCCACUAUCGCACCCUCCUCGAUCGAGCGCUGCGCAUGCGCCUAGUCUCCCCAACCAGACUGGUCUCGCGCGAGGUCUCCUUCGAAUACCUCAAUCGCCAACUCGUCUGGCACGCCUUCACCGAAUUUCUUCUCUUUAUCCUCCCGCUGAUUCGGGUCAGCCGCUGGCGCCGCUGGUGGGCCCGCCUCGACCGGAAAAUCCGCAGCAGCUCUGGCGCCGCCACCACUUCUACCGGCGAAGGCUACGGGGAAUUAAAUUUCCUCCCAGAGUGUACCUGUGCCAUAUGUCACAAGGAGACAGACGGCGGAGCCGAAGCCACGGGCGGGAAAGCCACCGAUGUGGUGAACCCGUACGAGGCGGUGGGUUGUGGACACAUUUACUGCUACGUAUGUCUCGCCGGGAAGAUCGAAUUGGAGGAGGGCGACGGGUGGACAUGUCUUCGUUGCGGGAACCUGGUCAAGAGGUGCAGGCCCUGGCGAGGCGGUCUUAAAGGGCUCACCACGGUCGGAGAUUGGGGCGAAGAGGUCGUCGAUCGUCGUAGGGUUGGUUUCGGCGAAAACGGUCCUGAUAGUGGGCCAGAAAUCGACACGGAGGAUUUGGAAACCACCGCGUCAGACGAUGACGAUGGGGAAGGAACCGAACGCGCGGACGAAGAAGUCAGCGAUAUCGGCAGCGAGGAUACGGAAAGGCCAAACCGUGGACGCCCUGGUUUCAAGGAGAAGCAUAUCGCUGGUCUAUGGGCCGAGGAGACGCUCGAUGAGAGUGUUUAUAAUACCGCGGAAGGGGAAGAUGAGUGAGAUAUUAUCCGCACUGCAUUUCUUUCUUUAUACCUGUACCUCUCUAUAUUACCAACUUUAUUCAAUUUAAAUCUAUGUCGGUUUGUGGUGAUGGCGGUGAUAUAGUUUUUUCUUCUCUACUUUCUCCUUUCUCCUUUUUUUUUUCGUUUCUUCGAGGGACAUGGGAUUCGGCGCGGUUGAUUGAAGAUGGGAACCAUACUCGUGCUGGCAGUAACUGCUUUAGUCUAAUGUAUUUUGAGUUGACGGGUUUUCCUUGGUUUUGAGUGCUGUACGGUACGGUAGAAACUUUUUGCUCCGUCUAUUUACCUACAUUGCCUACCUACCUACCUACCUCCCUGUUAAAGUGCUGAUUCUUGUUUUGCGUAUAUGUCAAUAUCUACGCCGGUUGAUUGCACGUGAGUGGCGGGAUCCUGGUUCCUUGGGGAGAGGAGGAGGGGAGGGAAGACAUUAGAGUAGUAGUUGGAAAAAAAAAGAAUGAACUUUUAUUUGUGCU